AUGGAUUUUUCGAGAGGACCUCCACAAAUUGAAAUAACAGAGAUGAAAAAGGAUCGCAUUUGUUUUAUCCUCAGGAAUACGGAUAUUUCAAUGGCGAACGCUCUUCGGAGGAUAAUGAUUUCAGAAGUUCCAACUUUGGCGAUCGAGUUGGUGACAAUUCAGGAAAACAGUUCCGUCCUUCAUGAUGAGUACAUCGCACAUCGGCUUGGGCUUCUGCCAAUUGAUUCGUCAAGAAUUCGAGAUUUCAAAUAUAAAGAAGAAUGCGAAUGCAGUGACAAAUGUCCUAAAUGUACAGUCGAUUAUAAAAUAGAUGUUGUAUGCGUUGCGGAUUCGAUUACUGUAACUCACGCGGAUAUUCAAUCUUUUCAUCGUAAGUUGAAGAUGUUCGAUGCGUGGACAAUUGAAGAAGAAUCAAAAGUUGAAGCUGGACGCUGUUGCAACCAAAGGAAUCGGAAAGCUUCACGCGAAAUGGAUUCCCUGUGCGACGGCAGUGUUUCAAGUGAGUCGAUUGAUAUAGCUUUGGGCGACCCCUUGAAACAUCUUUGUUAUCACCCAGAAUCAAGUCUUCCGUGGAAUGACGACGCCUUUUUGGUUUUGUUGCAGUCGACUGGUUCCUUGCCCCCCGAGCAAAUAGUCGAAAUCGCUUUCGAGGUGUUAGAGAAGAAACUCUCCGGUUUGAUGAACGAAACAAGCAAACUUGAAGGAUUCAAACGCGAUGCGAUUGACGAUAAAAUUGAUCUUCGCGGAUACGAUAGCGGAGAUCAUCGAUCGAGACGAGAGAGAUCCCAAGCGAGUUGGGAAGAUAAUUUCACAUUGAAUUUAUCUUGA